CAAAUGAGUUUACAAAUUGUAAAAUAAUAUGAGUGCAUAAAAAUGGUGGGGGUUUUUUUAGACUUGUUAAUAAAUUAUUUCAACUAACCUGCCACUGAGACCAAAAACUCCUGCAAAAUGAAAUACAAAUUAAGGGUUAAACUAUUCUUAACCAAUCGCGUGGAAGCCAAGCCAUCUUGAUUUGAGUCGUGUUAAGAAAACAUUUCUGGACGCUGAUGUGAAACCAAACGGUUGCAAGGAUGUUAGAAGGCUUCCUGAUGGAGGUGCUGGUCGUAUUGAGCUGUGCUCCAGCCUGCUGGAGGGUGGGAUCACACCCAGCAUCGGUUGUCAAAGAGAAUGUCCAGAUCCCCGUUUACGUGAUGAUCCGUCCUCGUGGUGGCGACUUCCUGUAUACGGACCGGGAGGUGGAGGUGAUGAGGAAGGACAUUGAGCUGAUGAAGAGCCACAAGGCUGAUGGCCUGGUGCUGGGUGCUUUGACGGAGGACGGGCGGGUGGACGUUGCGCUCUGCAUGGAGCUUCUGGCUGCCUGUCGACCUCUCCCAGUUACUUUUCAUAGAGCAUUUGAUAUGGUCCAUGAUCCCUCGGUUGCCUUAGAAACACUGGCCUCCCUGGGCUUUGAGAGGAUUUUGACCAGUGGCUGUGACAGCUCAGCGUUAGAAGGCUUACUUCUCAUCAAACGCCUUGUGGAACAGGCCAAAGGUAGAAUAAUUAUAAUGCCAGGAGGAGGCAUCACUGAGCGCAACCUCCAGCGGAUCCUGGAAGGCUCUGGUGCCCAGGAGUUCCACUGCUCGGCACGCUCCAGCAGAGAGUCAGCCAUGAAGUUCAGGAAUGCCAACGUGAGCAUGGGUGCCUCCCUUUCAGCUCCCGAGUACUCGUUUAAAGUGGCAGACGUGACCAAAGUGCGCACUCUCAACGCCAUUGCGAAAAACACCCUCUAGGGGAUGCUGUGGGCUGGGCUCGGCAAGGGAGCAGGUCUUCCUUUAAUUGAAGCUAGUCCUUGUCCCCUAUACUUGUUGAGGAAUGAUGCCAUUUUUAUGCACAGAAGAGCUUGAUGUUUUCAAGUCAAAGGAGAACAUCAAACAAAGUGGCUUUUCUAGCUUUGGUUUAAAUUUGGUUUAAAUCUAAAGGUUAUGUUUAGAUGUCGGACUUUAUUGUUCUUCAAACCCUUCACUUGUUUACAGUUCAUCCUUGAUUGUAGUGAAAUUAAAAAGGUUUGGAUGACAAUGGAUUUUGUUGCCAAUAGAUGUUGAAUGAAAUUAUUAAUCAUUAUUAAUACUAUUAAUAAACUGGAGUGGAGAAGUA